CCUCGCAGAUGACCAGAGAGAAGAAAGCUCAGCGAGCACAGCAGGGCGACUCCUGCACUUCCUCGAUUUAAAAACAACUAGGACUUCAAAGUCAGGGAGACCCGUGCUUUCAGCUUUCAGUGCGAGGCGACCUCCGAGCUGAGUGUCCACAGAGAGAGCACAGCUCGGACCGAAGAGGAGGACUGGGUGAAAGGUCAUCAUGGCACCUUUUCUUCGUAUCGCCCUGAAUACUGCCGAAACUGGCGCCCUGCCCACAACGACAACUCCUCUCAUCUGUGCCGUCAAGAUGAAGGAGACUAUCACCACAGAGCGAGGGAAGACCCUGGUGCAGAGGAAGCCCACCAUGUAUCCUCCUUGGAAGUCCACUUUUGAUUCUCACAUCCACGAGGGACGUGUCAUCGAAAUAGUUCUAAUGCAAAGCACCGAGGAGCCGCUGGCCAAAGCCACUCUGGGUGUGUCGGUGCUCGAAGAGCGCUGUAAGAAGUCUAAAAAUGGUAGCUUCACUGAGUUCUGGGUGGAUCUUCAUCCUUCAGGGAGGAUUCAGAUCMGUGUGCAGCUGUUCCUGGAGAACGGUGAUUCAAAUGAAAAAGCGGCAUCAGUGAAGUCUAUUCCUGAAGAUGGAAUCACAACCCUCAACAGGAGGAGAGGAGCUAUCAAACAGCCAAGGAUUCAUGUCAUCAAGGACCACGAGUUCACCGCCACCUUCUUUGGCCAGCCCACCUUCUGCUCCGUCUGCAAAGAAUUCCUCUGGGGACUCAACAAGCAAGGUUACAAAUGCAGACAAUGCAACGCCGCGAUCCACAAAAAAUGCAUCGAAAUGAUUAUCGGCAGAUGCACUGGAACAGCCAAAAACAGCCGUGACACGAUGUUCCAAAAGGAGCGUUUCAAAGUUGACGUGCCACAUCGCUUCAAGACUUACAACUACAAAAGCCCCACAUUCUGUGACCACUGUGGCAGCCUGCUGUGGGGUCUCUACAAGCAGGGGCUUAAAUGUGAAGAAUGCGCCCUGAAUGUUCAUAGUUACUGUCAAUUUAAAGUGGGCAAUCUGUGUGGAGUCAACCAGAAAAUGCUGGCAGAAAUCUUGGCUCAAAUCGCCCAGAAAUCCCCAAAGAAACCUGAAGAGCCUAAUGGUCCAGAUGUUGGAAUCUAUCAAGACAUCAGAAACGGCAUAACAGAACCUACUGUUACACCAGAUGACAAGAACAUGGGUGUGAGUCCUGCCCCGUCUGCAGACACAACUCCCCAGAUUCAUCUCACCCUCAACCACUUGGUGUUCCACAAAGUGCUGGGAAAAGGCAGCUUUGGCAAGGUUAUGCUGGCAGAGCUGAAAGGGAAAGGCCAGUUUUUUGCUGUGAAGGUUCUGAAGAAGGAUGUGGUUCUCAUGGAUGAUGAUGUUGAGUGCACCAUGAUCGAGAAGAGAGUCCUGUCUUUGGCCUGGGAGAACCCUUUUCUGACCCACCUCUACUCCACAUUCCAGACCAAAGAGCAUCUCUUCUUUGUAAUGGAGUAUCUGAAUGGAGGCGACUUGAUGUUUCACAUUCAAGAUAAAGGGCGCUUCGAUCUUAACAGAGCUACAUUCUACGCUGCUGAGAUUGUAUUGGGACUGCAGUUCCUCCACUCUAAAGCCAUUGUCUACAGAGAUUUGAAGCUGGAUAACGUUAUGCUGGACAAGGAUGGACACGUUAAAAUCGCAGACUUCGGCAUGUGCAGAGAGAGGAUCUCUGCAGAGAACAAAGCUGGUACAUUCUGUGGAACACCAGACUAUAUUGCACCUGAGAUCCUGCUUGGACAGAAGUACACUUUCUCGGUGGACUGGUGGUCAUUCGGUGUGCUAGUCUACGAGAUGCUGAUCGGUCAGUCACCAUUCCAAGGUGACGACGAGGACGAGCUGUUUGACGCCAUCAGGACGGAAACYCCACACUACCCCAGGUGGAUCACCAAGGAGUCCAAAAGCCUGCUUGAACAGCUGUUUGUGCGAGAUCCCAACAAAAGGCUGGGCGUGGUGGACGACAUCCGCUUGCACRCUUUCUUUAAAGUCAUCAACUGGACGGCGCUGGCGAAAAGACAAGUCGAUCCCCCGUUCAGGCCUAAAGUGAAAUCUCCCAAUGACUGCAGCAACUUUGAUCGCGAGUUCCUCAACGAGAAGCCCCGCCUCUCACACGGUGACAAAAAACUCAUUGAAACCAUGGACCAGAACGCAUUCAGAGGCUUUUCUUUUGUCAACCCCAGACUGGAAGUGAUGAUAGCAAAAUGAAAAGGCGAACUCCUUGGAAACGUUCGGACUUCARCACUCCUAAACAGGCUCUUACUUUAUUCUGUUUUAUCUUCCGUGUGGUGUAGGGUUGACUGGCUCUUUUCCAGUUCUUCUGUCAGAGGAUGAGAUAAAAUAAUACCCAGAUGCUCGCCGGCAUCUCAUAAAAAAUAUUGUCUCAACUUGGAUCUGUACAGAUGAACWGAGUAUAAAGUUUCAGAAAGUAAGGGAGAUUCUUAAACCAGCRUCACUGUUAAUGCUGAAGGGGACAAUCACAUAUGAAUUUAGUAUUUUGUAACUUUUAUCAUGUUUUUAUUAUUACUGUUUAGAUCAAUGAAUCAAUGUACUGUACCAUGAUAAUUUAUUGCACUGGCAUAAACAUUAUCAACCAGUAAUGCUGUAUAAACAGGUAUACUUCAUUCAAGCUAAGAGAAAUGAAGGUACAGAAUGGGUAUGUCUUUGUGCACUACAUAGUUGUUUACUUSGCAUGGGUGUGUACAGAUAUCUUUUUAAAUGCAAAUAACUUUAUCCAGUUAGAGAGUGAACACUGCUGGUUGCUCUUGUAGAAAUAACUGUAUAAAGGGGGAGUGAAUUUUAAAUCCAUUCUAAAUUGAAGUAUUUAUACUGUGUAACAUUUACUGGAGGUGUCUUAAAAAUAAAAGUAGUUUUUAGUUUUUCUUGUUUUUUUUUUUACUCCAGUGCAACAAUAUCAUCCUGUUAAGCUCAAGCAUGGAACAAACAGCCUCUUCCUCCACUUUAUAAACACUUACCAGGAGUCUCAGCAUGUCUUUAAUUCUAAYCCUGUAUAUGAUGAAGGAUGUAUUUUAUAAGGGAAAGGGGAGAUUUCCAUAUAAGAACAGAUCUUUAAUAUGUUAUAUGUGUUACUGUAGUUUAUUAACAUCAGAAUUUAACAUUAAAAUAACAGGUGUAUAUUAGGGUGGUCCUCUAUAGUAUGCCAACAAUAAAAAUGUGACUUUUUUUAAGGUGCUUCCUGACAAAAUUGUUCCUUUUUUCAAAGAAAGUCUUUUGUACCAAAUUUUGUGUCGAUACAACUUUUCUAACCACUGCCACAUGUGGGGUGAAAAUUAGAAUGGUUGAGCUCGUUUGUGCAUGCCAACACGCUUGCUUAGGUAUGAAGAGAAACAAAGUGGCAGCACAGUAGAGCAGAUGCCUCUCAGCAAGAAGGUAGCCGGAUCGAAUCCCRGCCCGGGGACCCCYCUGGGUAGAGUUUGCAUGUUCUCUCCUUGCGUGCGUGGGUUUUCUCAAGGUACUUUGCCUUCCUUCCAAAAACAAAAUUGGUAACUCUAAAUUGUCCCCAUCUGUGUGGCCCUAUGAUGGUGACCAGUGAUUGCUGUGGGCACUAUGAACUUGAAAGAAAGAAGCUAAUGGAUGGAUGGGCUUACAAUACAAAAAUUAAUGAGUGUCAAUGUUCACAUAUUUGGUGAGAACAAACAGUCAUGAAGAGUGGCAUUUGGUCAUGAAUUUCUUCACUUCCAGGAAUUGACAUUGAUGCCACCCUACAACUUGCAGCAUGUAUUGCCACUGCUGAUCACUUGAUUGUAAUCCUGGAUGAGUUUCCUCUUUAUUAAAGUCAUUGACAUCUUAAUCAUUAGUCGCUUACAUCCUAAUCAUUGGCAUCCUAAUGCUACACAGAACCUACCAUGACUAGAAUGAUGGCUCAUCCUCCCAAUCUGAUGGGUCCUUGACAAGGUAGUUCAUGUUGAUGCUGAAUGCCUCAAAAUGGGACUUGAUGUAACAAAAUCUGCCACCRUUUUGGUAACAAUAGCUUCAUUUGCUUCUAGGUCCACUGUAGCACAUGACUGAGGAUCAUUGUGACCUUCAUCCUUGAGAACAGCUAYGAUCAUCACAUGCAAUGCUGCUGUCAAAUAUGACAAGUCCGGCCAGUUCUUUACUCAGAUACCACAGAUUUCUGGCUAACGUCUCACUGGAGGCCUUGGCAAUGACAGAAUUAGAACUCUAAAUUUCAAUYACAUGGUACAAAAAUAGGGGUUGAGCGGCAGUGGUUAAUAUUUUUCAAACUUUAUGAAAUUUCCCCCAAAUGGAACAAAAAACUGAAGAAGCACCUUGGAAAAGUAAAAGUUUGCAUUUUGGGACCACCCUAGUGUAUAUGGAAAAUCCAACUUACUGUCAUUGUCUGUAUUGUUGUACUUUUUUACUCUCCAUCUUUUACAAAACAACUGAAUAAAUAUUCUUGUAAACUUGA